AGUUGGGGUCCUGAGCGCGCGCCCUUCCGCCGUCAGCGCGGAGGCUCGCUCCGCUGCCUGCCUUCGGUCCGGGACCCUUUCUCAUCUCAGCUCGGCUCCAGCGAUGGGAAAAGUUGGCGCCGGCGGCGGCUCCCCGGCCGGGCUGAGCGCGCUCCUGACGGGCGCGGGGCUGCUGGUGCUCUUAGUCCCCGGCGUCCGCAGCAGCCUCUCCUGCUGCCCUCCGCAGCACCGUAGCUCGAGCCCACGCUGGACCCUCACCCCGAGAGGCUUUCCUCGCCCGGGAACACUGGGUCGGGCUCCUGCCACGCCCCCGCCCCUCCUCAUGAGACCCCUGUUCGCAGUGGCCCCCGGAGACCGGGCGCUGUCUCUGGAGCGAGCAGGGGGCAGCAGGGUGUCAGUGGCGACCGCUGCACGCUCUGGCCGAAGGAGACGGAGUGGAGCGGAUCCGGAGAAGACUGAACCCGGAGAGGGUGCGAGUCGGAGCCGCCGGGGCAUGCUAAGGGAUGGAGGGCAGCAGGGGCCUGGGACUGGCGCGCGGGACCCGGACAAAGCCACCCGUUUCCGGAUGGAGGAGCUGAGACUGACCAGCACCACAUUUGCGCUGACGGGAGACUCCGCGCACAAUCAGGCUAUGGUCCACUGGUCUGGCCACAACAGCAGCGUGAUCCUCAUUUUGACAAAGCUCUAUGACUAUAACCUGGGGAGCAUCACGGAGAGCUCGCUUUGGAGGUCAACCGAUUAUGGGACAACCUAUGAAAAGCUGAAUGAUAAGGUGGGGUUGAAGACAAUUUUGAGCUAUCUCUAUGUGUGUCCAACCAACAAGCGUAAGAUUAUGCUGCUCACAGACCCGGAGAUUGAGAGCAGCUUAUUGAUCAGCUCAGACGAAGGGGCAACCUACCAAAAGUACCGGCUGAACUUCUACAUCCAGAGUUUGCUCUUCCAUCCGAAGCAAGAAGACUGGAUUCUGGCCUACAGUCAAGACCAAAAGUUAUACAGCUCUGCUGAGUUUGGCAGAAGAUGGCAGCUUAUCCAGGAAUCGGUGGUUCCAAAUAGGUUCUACUGGUCUGUGAUGGGGUCAAACAAAGAACCAGACCUUGUGCAUCUCGAGGCCAGGACCGUGGAUGGUCACUCCCAAUACUUAACUUGCCGAAUGCAAAACUGCACAGAAGCCAACAAAAAUAAACCUUUCCCAGGCUACAUUGACCCCGACUCUUUGAUUGUCCAGGAUGAUUAUGUGUUUGUUCAGCUGACCUCGGGAGGAAGACCGCACUACUACGUGUCCCACCGAAGAAGCACGUUUGCACAAAUGAAGCUCCCGAAAUACGCUUUGCCCAAGGACAUGCACGUUAUUAGCACAGAUGAGAAUCAAGUGUUUGCAGCAGUUCAAGAAUGGAACCAGAAUGACACAUACAACCUGUACAUCUCAGACACCCGUGGUGUCUACUUCACGCUGGCCUUGGAGAAUGUCCAGAGCAGCAGAGGCCCUGAAGGCAAUGUCAUGAUCGACCUCUAUGAGGUAGCAGGGAUAAAGGGAAUGUUCUUGGCUAACAAGAAGAUUGACAACCAAGUGAAGACAUUCAUCACUUACAACAAAGGCAGAGACUGGCGUUUGCUGCAGGCUCCAGAUGCAGACCUCCGGGGGGACCCAGUGCACUGUUUGCUGCCUUAUUGUUCACUACACCUUCAUCUGAAGGUCUCUGAGAAUCCCUACACGUCUGGGAUCAUUGCCAGCAGAGAUACAGCCCCAAGUAUUAUAGUUGCAUCAGGUAAUAUAGGGUCUGAGUUGUCAGACAGCGACAUCAGCAUGUUUGUGUCUUCUGAUGCAGGGAACACUUGGAGGCAGAUCUUUGAAGAAGAGCACAGCAUUUUGUACCUAGAUCAAGGUGGUGUCCUGGUUGCUAUGAAGCACACAUCUCUCCCAAUUCGACAUCUUUGGUUGAGCUUUGAUGAAGGGAGAUCUUGGAGCAAAUACAGUUUCACAUCCAUUCCACUUUUUGUGGAUGGGGUUUUGGGGGAGCCUGGAGAAGAAACACUAAUCAUGACAGUGUUUGGACACUUCAGUCACCGCUCUGAAUGGCAGCUGGUCAAAGUGGACUAUAAGUCCAUUUUUGAUAGACGCUGUGCUGAAGAAGACUACAGACCAUGGCAGUUACACAGCCAGGGGGAAGCAUGCAUUAUGGGAGCCAAAAGGAUAUAUAAAAAGCGGAAAUCUGAGCGGAAGUGUAUGCAAGGAAAGUACGCAGGAGCCAUGGAGUCUGAGCCGUGCGUGUGUACAGAGGCAGAUUUUGACUGCGACUAUGGCUACGAGAGACACAGUAAUGGACAGUGCCUGCCAGCGUUUUGGUUCAACCCGUCCUCACUGUCAAAAGACUGCAGCUUGGGACAGAGCUACCUCAACAGCACUGGGUAUAGGAAGGUGGUCUCCAAUAACUGUACUGAUGGAGUGAGAGAACAGUAUACUGCCAAACCACAGAAGUGUCCAGGGAAGGCCCCUCGAGGGCUCCGGAUAGUCACUGCCGAUGGAAAACUGACAGCAGAACAAGGGCACAAUGUUACUCUCAUGGUGCAAUUGGAGGAGGGUGAUGUGCAGCGGACGCUCAUCCAAGUGGACUUUGGAGAUGGCAUUGCGGUGUCUUACGUCAACCUCAGCUCCAUGGAAGAUGGAAUCAAGCAUGUCUAUCAGAAUGUGGGCAUUUUCCGAGUGACCGUGCAGGUGGACAACAGUCUGGGCUCUGACAGCGCCGUCCUGUACUUACAUGUAACGUGUCCACUGGAGCAUGUGCACCUGUCCCUUCCUUUUGUCACCACAAAGAACAAGGAGGUCAAUGCGACUGCGGUGCUUUGGCCCAGCCAAGUGGGCACCCUCACUUACGUGUGGUGGUACGGGAACAACACCGAGCCCCUGAUCACCUUGGAGGGAAGCAUAUCAUUCAAGUUUACUUCUGAAGGAAUGAAUACCAUCACAGUGCAGGUCUCAGCUGGGAACGCCAUCCUGCAGGACACAAAGACCAUCGCAGUCUAUGAGGAAUUCCGGUCUCUUCGCUUGGCUUUUUCUCCAAACCUGGAUGACUACAACCCUGAUAUCCCCGAGUGGAGGAGGGACAUCAGCCGAGUCAUCAAAAAGUCUCUGGUAGAAGCCACAGGGAUUCCCAGCCAGCACAUCCUGGUGGCCGUGUUGCCUGGCUUGCCAACUGCUGCGGAGCUCUUUGUUUUGCCCUAUCAAGAUGCAACCAGAGAGAACAAGAGGUCACCGGAGGACCUGGAGCAGAUAUCUGAAGUUCUAAUCCACAAACUCAACCAGAACUUGGUUCACUUUGAGCUGAAGCCUGGGGUCCAAGUUCUUGUCCAUGCAGCUCAUCUAACAGCAGCUCCACUGGUGGACCUCACGCCAACCCACAGUGGAUCCGCCAUGCUGAUGUUGCUCUCGGUGCUGUUUGUGGGGCUAGCCGUAUUCGUCAUCUACAAGUUUAAAAGGAGAGUAGCUUUACCCUCCCCUCCCUCCCCUUCUGCUCAACCCGGCGACUCAUCUCUCCGAUUGCAAAGACCAAGACAAGCCACUCCACCUUCAUCGCCAAAGCGGGGAUCUGCUGGGGCACAAUUUGCCAUUUAAGAAAAGACCCCAAAGGCUACAGGAGGCCCGCUGAUCAGAAGAGAAUUUCACUCUUGUCAAGUACAUCUUCCUUCGUGACCACUAACUUUAUGGUUUUUUUUUUCUUCUGUUGUUCUGUUUCCUAUUUUGCCAGGAAAUAUUUCCAUAGUUGCUGAGAAUCAAAGCACAAAAGAAAUCCCUACCUAUGUAAAUGUUUGAAUGAAGGACGCCAGUAAAACAAACAAAAAAUAAAAUAAAUGCAAUCAAAAUCUAAAAUAACAAAUAACACUCACUGCAUUGGGACGUUUAAAUUCUUCAGACACAGACAACAAGGGUUUUUAGCUUUAAGCCUGUGCAUGUGGACAAUACCUUGAGAACACGUUUGGAGGGGCAGUGUACAGGUGCUCUAUUUUAAUGGAAAACACUCCCCUCGCCCUCUCUUCUCUUUUUCUGAUCGGUCGUGUUUAUAGAAAAUUCAUAACGUAUACAGGCCAAGGAAAUCUGCAUGUAUUUUUUUGGAAAUAUUCUUGGCUCUAGACUUAACACCUAUUUUAGCACUAUGGGCUGAUGGUGGAUUAGCCAUCUCCAGCCUUUUCCUAAGACACAAAGACAUGCACAGAGCUCUGAAACCCUGAGCUGCUUCUCUGUUUUGCUUAGUGUCACUUUUCGUUUCUAAGUUAGUGUUAGUGGCUCUGUUGGUCAGCAGUGACCAAAGGCUGCUUUCUCUCCGUUCUCUGUGGCCACAGGGACGAAGAUGCUAGUUAAAGAUUCAUAUCCAUGUAUGCAGGUUCAAUAGGAACAUAAGAGGGCCUGGGAAGCAAAGCAUCUCAGAAAUGGACCUUUGUUUCCUGCUCAACUUUUCUCCUUGACACUUUCCCUAUUCCUGCCCCAAGUAAUAUAAAAACAAAGACAACAAGUGGGAAUUUUUUUCCCCAGUAGUUACUUGUUCUCCUACCUUCCCAUCUGUUUGCCAUCCACAUGUGGACUUGUUCUCUUUACAUCCUUUAGUUGUUUCCUCCUUAUCUCCCAUUAUCUUUCCACUCCUCUCAUUUUUUUCUCCUCAAAGGUGUUGCUAGAUUUUGGAUAUUUCACCUCAUACUUCCUAAAUGUGGUCCAGCUUAUGGCACCCCUGACUCCUCUCAAGUCUUCAGCUCUCUCAAUUUUGUACACUCCCACGCAUGCCAGGUUUCCUGUGCUCUGGCCAGGCUGCAGCCUGCCCAGCUGGCUUCAGUUACAUUUCUCCUUUAUCUCUUCCUCUAGAAUAUCCCUUUGCCAAAUACCUCUGUCUUGCCAACCUGGAAACGUAAACUGUACAUAAAACAGUUGACACACGCAAAGCAAUCAAACCUGGAAAGGAAAGCAUAUAGAUGAACAGUGCUUGUUUGGGCAAUUCACAAAAACUUAGGUGGUCCGAUUCCAGGAGAUUCUCUUGAGAAAAGUUUUGACGGUGUGACUAUCAUGCAAGGAAAUAUCUUCUGUGAUAGCUGCUGUAAUCUGAUAUAUUCUCUCUUGAGUAACCACAUUUGUAAAAUAAAACUGAUAUUUAACCAGAAGGAGAAGCAGGUUCAUGGGAUUAAUACAUAAGUGCUGGAAAGCAUAUACAGGUCAAUCUUCUCGUAUAUUGCGAUGAGGUUUUGACCAUGUAAGAUGAUAUCACUGCUUCCGUGUGUGUUCUCUUACCUUCAAUUGUCAUGGCAUUUAUGAAGAAAAAAUAUCAAUAUAAAGGAAGAAUAGCUGCUUACAGCAAAGUAAGGCUCACACCCUCAUGGCCUCAAAGCAAAAGAAAACCAGUUUUCCCAGAAGAAUCAUGAAAGAAGCCCAGAAAGAGGAGCAGAGCUUGUGCUCCUGUUCAGGUCCUUUUAAUGACUGACGUCCCUUCACUACUGUGAACUGGGAAAGCCCAUAUUCAAGUUGGGAUGAAAGAUAUUCUGGUAAACCACUUCUAGAACCUAGCCUCCUUCUUGGCUAUGUCCCAAAGCCAACAACAGGGUAUUGUCCAGGGCCUUGGUGUAUUCCAGUAAUCAGUAUGACCCCUGCCCUGUAUGGCUGAUUCAGUGAUCAGAUGACCCCUGCCUUGUAUGGCUGAAGCAAGGGGAAAGUAGGAAAGCAAUUGCCAGAGGCUAAUCAGUCAGAAACCUUGAUGGUAGAGGGUGUCCCAUGUGAAUUAGCAUAGUCAAUUUUUCCUGGGAAGUAAUCAAUCAAUUCUCAACCUUCCAAGCUUCCUAUCUCAUAGGAAACAUUUUCAUUGAUUCUCUUCAGCUGGAGUCUUCCAUAUUUAGUCUGGAAGAGAAAGUAUUUGGAAACCAAAAUAGUUUCGGUUCACUCAAACCAGCACAGGGAAUCCUCAGCGUUGCAGUUCAAUGUAUUCUAAUUUAAAAAAAAAAUCAUUAUUAAAAAUAAAGAACACUCUUGAUCUAGCACAGUGCCUUGCCUAGAAUAAUAUUCUAAAAUUAUUUGUCAAUGAAAUGACAGUGAGUGAAUGAAGAGACACAGGGAAGAAGGGGCUGUAUGUCUUCAUUUAAAAUAGAGAUGAGCAUGAGAUUCCUGGCACCCUGGGAAGUGACCUAAGUGGUCAGCAUUAGAUUCAGCCUCUUCAGUGUCCUCAUGUGUCUCUCUCCUCAAGCUCCCUCCCACCUGUAGGUGAUUGGUGAGGCAAGGCACUGCUUAGAGAGGACCUCAUGGUUCCUACAACUUUGACUAGAGGCUCUCAAGGUGUGAUGCCUAAGACAACACUAUCAGUGUCACCUGUACUUGUGUGAAAUGCAGUUUCAAAUCAGGCUAAAACAGACCUUGCUGUUUUUUUUUAAAUUCUAGGGAAUCAAUAGUAAUGUUUUCUGCUUAUGGGUCAUGGUGGUCCCAAACGUCUGUUUGAACAAGUCAUCCAGAUGAUUAUGAUAUAGGCUCAAGUUUGAGAAUCACCAUACCAGGCCUGGCAGCUGAUUCCUGAUGAGAAAGUAACAUUGAGAACCUACAAAUGGGAGGGACCCAAGUGCCUACCUCUCACUAAUAGCAGGUGCAAACACAAUGAGGAGUUUGGUGGACUUAAGGCCAAAGGAGUGUAGGGAGGAAUACACAGGAGGUAAGAUUCGGGGCAAGCUAAUAAUUAGAUAAUGCAACAUCCUUUAAAAAGCCCGGAGUGCAGACUGUGCAUGCUCUAUCCUGAUCUACCCACCCUCAUUUCCCCCUUGCCUUAUUCUAAUUGGAUUCACUGUCCAAAUUGCAGAGGUUUGCUUUGCUUUUUUUCAGAAGUUCCAAACAGCAACUCUGAAAGCAAUGGGGUGCUUGGCAGCUGUUCUGUGUUUUCCAGGAUUCCAACUGAGCAUUGAAACCCCUCAUUUGCCAACUUAUUUUUAUAGGAAGCCAAUUUAAAAAUAAAACAAAAGAAAGUUUUCUUAUAGUAUUGGAACUACUUCUAAUUUUAAAAUGACUUUUUUGAUGUAUUUUUUGUUAAAUACUAUGU